CAGGUGGAAUGUCCCGUUCUGUAGCCAAGAUGUGGCCGUCCGUGUCCAUCCUGUGUGUCCUGGUGGCCUUCGCCAAUGCUCGCAGCGUUUCUUACUACCCUCCCCUCUCCAGUGACUUGGUCAACCACAUAAACAAGCUCAACACCACCUGGAAGGCAGGGCACAAUUUCCACAAUACUGACAUGAGCUAUGUGAAGAAGCUCUGUGGCACCUUCCUGGGUGGGCCCAAGCUCCCUGAGAGGGUAGAUUUUGCUGCAGACAUGGAGCUGCCCGAUAACUUUGACUCACGGACACAGUGGCCUAACUGUCCUACCAUCAGUGAGAUAAGAGACCAGGGCUCUUGUGGCUCUUGCUGGGCUUUUGGUGCCGUAGAAGCGAUUUCAGACAGAAUCUGCGUUCACACGAAUGCCAAGGUGAGCGUGGAGGUCUCGGCGGAGGACUUGCUGUCAUGCUGCGGCUUCGAGUGCGGCAUGGGGUGCAACGGUGGUUACCCCUCCGGCGCGUGGAGGUACUGGACAGAGAGGGGCCUUGUGUCCGGGGGUCUCUACGAUUCCCAUGUGGGCUGCCGUCCCUACUCCAUCCCACCCUGUGAGCACCACGUCAACGGCUCCCGACCGCCGUGCACCGGGGAGGGGGGGGAAACCCCCAGGUGCAGCCGGCACUGCGAACCCGGCUACUCGCCCUCGUACAAGGAGGACAAGCACUACGGCAUCACCUCCUACGGUGUCCCUCACAGUGAGAAGGAAAUCAUGGCUGAGAUCUACAAGAAUGGCCCAGUGGAAGGAGCCUUUAUUGUCUAUGAGGACUUCCUGAUGUACAAGUCUGGGGUCUACCAGCACGUGUCCGGCGAGCAGGUUGGAGGCCACGCGAUCCGGAUCCUGGGCUGGGGGGUGGACAACGGCACUCCGUACUGGCUGGCCGCCAACUCCUGGAACACCGACUGGGGGGACAAUGGCUUCUUCAAAAUCCUCCGAGGAGAGGACCACUGCGGCAUCGAGUCCGAGAUCGUGGCCGGCAUCCCCAGGACGGAGCAGUACUUAUAGUAUAGUUGAGGUUACUUU